UCCCCAGACACGUGUCCCGUCUCCAUGGGAACGGGAUGCUUUGGGGAAACUUCUAAGGAGAAUAUCUAGGUGCCGAGAGAGAGGGGACCGGCUGCUGCUUGUGAGACUCCCUUGGCUGUAUCCCAUGGAAGCCAUUAAAAUAGAGGCACCAGCUUUCUCAUUCUCUCGCUCUGAUACCACAGGGGGUUUCCAGAUUUGCUCAACUGCCAGUCUCCUUGCAGAUUAACGAGCGUGCCUUUGAAUAUGCAACCAAUAUACAUACCAACGGGUUCAUCCCACGCUGCCAAUGCCGGCUCACAGUGCUCAACUGCUAGACCGCCCAGUGUAUUGCCCAUCCCCACGGAGCUGGACAUGAGUAUUUCAAGUCGCAGUGGAGAAUCUGACACAGGAAUGAAGGAAAUCUCUCAUUAUUCUGAUCCAGAUUCACCUCCGGCUGAGAAAUUAGCCAAUGCCACAAUAAUGGCCGAGCGUUUCAUGAAAGAGAAUAAGUGUCAUAAAGCCAGCCGUGAACUGAUUCAGUGUGUUGCCUUGAGUCGGAUAGUAUACGGGGAUGGACACUGGAGAAUCGCCCAGGCACAUGCCAACCUUGGUUACAGUUAUCUGACUCUCAGAGCAUUGCCAGCCCAGGCCAGAGCGCAUGCUGAGUCAGCUAAAAAUAUCCUGCUCCGAGGAGUGGACAUGGCAAAGUCCGUGGAAGAAAAAAGAGAAAUCAUGGCAAGCCUUGUGACUAUCUACUAUACCCUGGGCAUGGCCCACCUCAUGCAGAAUAAUGGCAAGGACUCAUACCUCAGCCUACAGAAGGUGGAGAAGAUCAUCGAUGAACUGGAGGAUAUACAGGAGCGAAAGGCCAUUACUUUAAAAAUAUCCGAGAAGGACAUUGCACUGGCGCUGGGGCAGGCCUGCCUGCUGCAGACUAAACCGAGUUCUGCCAUAAACUAUUUUGAGCAAGCUGUGAAUUCCAUCAUCUCCUCUCAAGGGGACAGCGCCUCGGAACUGAUCAGUCUGUACCAGGAUAUGGCCAGGGCUGAGCAUAUGAGGAAGAAGUCAAACAGAGCCAUUGAACAUCUGCUGCAGGCACAUUCAAUUUCCCAGGCAAACUAUACAAGUGUUAGCACUGAAGCAGCACAGAGCGGGUUGCAGUUGGCUAAAGCUUACGCUGCAUCUGAAUAUCAUGAGGCAGCACAAAGGUUCUUCACAGAGAGCCUCGGCGCUUACCAAACAGCGGCAGGUCCUGAUGACCCCCGGACACUGAAUGCCUGUGUGGAAUUCAGCAAGUGGCUCAUCCAGAUUGGGAAGAAGCAGGAAGCGUACAAGCUGCUCCGAGGGGCCGUCAGGACGGAGACAGAAUUUAGUGAAGAGCUGGCUGAGAUCCUUAGUAUAAUGGGAAGCAUAUGCUUAGCCGAUGGGAAGAUACAGAAAGGCUACAAGCUGCUGAAAAAGUGCUCAGACAUUCAGGUUGCAGUGUAUGGAUCCCAGCACAGUAAAACCAAAGGAACACAAAAUCUCCUCACCACACUGAAGAGGUCUGGAGUGGUUGGAGACUGAGAACAGCAAGGAAUGCAGAAUAUCUGAACAUCUCCUACUGGGAAUAAAGUGGGAUUAUGAGACUUGGACUGCAAAGCAAGGAAAGGCAACAAGUAGCCAGGAUAUCCAGAUAAGUCUUUCCUACUCCAAAUGUAUAUCUUUCUACUGCUGUGCCCCAGAUCAUGCUAGAUCAUGCAAGAUUUUGUAUUUAUUUCAGUAUAAAAACAUUGUUUUGCCAAGAG